AGAAGCGGUGUGGACGCCGAGCGGUGCGGACGUGUGCGCGUGGUGGAGCAGCGCGAGCGGACCGCGCGGCCGCGUGACCUCAGUGACCCCAGUGACCGGGCGUGACCUGGCCGCACCGAGCAGCCCUAACUGGAGUCGGCUUCCUGCGGCAGCGAUCGGCGCCAGGUCAGAGGUGCCGACCUGCCGACACCGUCGACCGCGUCUGCAGCGGCACAGCUCCGCCCGUCCGACCGGCGGGGAGUUCAAUCACAGACCUCUGCAGCCCAGUGAUCAGAGGUCAUCUGACGACAGUGCCACCACUCACGGACUGAGGUGCGCGAGGUGAACCGAGGACCAGUGAGGCCUCCCGAGUGUUGGACGUCGCGCCGCCGGAGCGAGCUGCGGCUAACGGUCGGCCGGCGCCGCCCGGGUCGGGCCCUCAGCGCCGAGUCGGCUCAUUAAAGCCGUGAGCUCGCGCAUUAGCGCCGCCGCGGAGUGCGCGCGAUCCUCGCGAUCCCGUCGCAGUCUCCGCGCUCGGCCGACUCGAGCCGCUCCAGUUGGUGGCCGAGCGGAGCGGCGCGCUGCGUUUCGUUUUCCCGCAGCCGCGGAUCGCGUGUGGUUUAGUCUCGCGCCGACGCGCCGCGCGCUCGGCGUGCGUGGCGAGCGCAGCGGGCCGCAGCCGGCGCCGCGCCGACAGCGAUGACCGACUGAGCGCCGCCCGCGCACCGUGUGACACUUGACACCGCCGGGACCGCAGCGGCCGCGCCCUGAACUGUGACACCAUGCAGGCGGCCCAGCUGAGGAAGCCGCUGCACGCAGUGGUGUGGCACCGCGGUCCCAUCUCGGGGCCGCUGACGCCUGCGGUGCUCUCCGAGCUGCUGCAGCGGGCCGCCGCGGCGCCGCAGCCGGGCGACCUGCGCUGCGAGGUGCGCUGCGCCGACGGCUUCAGCCUGCGGCUCUGCACCAGCGGCGAUGAGGGCUUCGAGUCAGACGAGGAGGCCGUCAGCAGUGGGGCGAGCGAGCACAGCCAGGAGGAGAUCCGCGUCAGCGACCACGUGCUGCGCGGCAAACUCAGCGAGGAGGACUCGAGCAGCGCCAACUCGAGCUGCUCGGACACGGACGAGCCACCGGCGCCGCCGCCGGCCGACUCCAGCGUCAUCCACGGCGCCGACAUCCUGUUCUGCCACACGGAGCCGGCCGUGCCGCGCGGCGUGCUCUUCGUGGCGCGCCAGCCGCAGGCCGGACGAGACGCCGGCCUCGAGGUGCUGGUACUCGGCUGCGCGCGCGACUCAGUGGCCAAGGAUCUGUCCACCUCCUACCUGGAGGUGACGCGCAGACUCAAAUGGGAACGCUACACCAACGCUAAGCGGAAAAGCGACGUGAUGCGGGCGAGUUUCCGUAACGUGACGGACAGCCUGCGGCUGCGGCCGGCAGGUCGUCAGGAGGACUCGCUGCUCAGCAGGAUGCCGCUGUCGUCGCCGCUGCUCGCCCGGGAGCCCCACUCUCUGACGGAGCAGAGCGGCGGCCGGCUGCCCGCCGACGGCACUCUCCGGGCCGAGUCCGGGCCGCACAGCCUGCCGCCCACCUCCGAGAUCAGCCGGAUCCUCAGUCUGAGCACCCCGGAGGACGGCUGGGAGACCCGCACCGCUCACCGCCAGGACGACGAGGAGACUUGGGCGCGCGGCCGGGAGCGCUCCUGUCUCACACCCUCCCGAUACGUGCACAACAAGGGCCCGGCGCCGGCGGCGCCCGCGCCCGCGCCCCGGAAACACCCAACCAACCCGAACCUGCUGCUGGUGCCGACCAAGAACGGCCUGGAGCCGUACCGGGUGAUCACGGGCGCCGAGCCGCCGCGGCCGCCGCUGGUGCUGUACGCCGCCGAGUUCGCGCCGCACGCACCGCCGGCCGCGCGCGCCGACUGGGCGCACAAGAUGGCCCAGUUCGACACAAACAACAACCGGUCGCGCCAGCCGGGCCGGCAGCCGAUCUUCUGGCUGCCGGCGCCCGAGCCGGCCGGCUGGGGCGGCGGCCCGCGCCGCGCAGAGCAGCACCUACGGCCCCGCUCGCGCAGCAAGAGCCCCGCCGGCCGACACCGGGCCUUCGAGCUGCCCGGAGCGCUGUCCCAGGCGUUCCGUGGCCUCACCUCGCACCUGAAGCGUCCGGCGGCCGAGGCGGCGGCGCCGCCCGCCGCCCCCGCCACCCCCACCAACCCCAAAUCGGUGAUGAAGAAGCGGGACAAGGCGGCGGGGUCACCGGAGACGAAACGGGUGACCUUUAGCGCCUACUCGACGGUACAGGUCAUGGACUGACCCGGCGCCGCCGCCGCCGCCGCCGCGCCGCGCCGCCACAGAGUGCUGUGAAACACUUGUUUAAUGUCUAGAGGAGUUUAUGACGGUCGUCGAUCCUAGCAGUCGGCCACUGCGAGUCAUGCACGGGGUCGGAGCGGUGCCGACGACCGACGGAAUGGGCGGGGUGGGGAGGGAGGGGAGUGUGUCGUCCGAGAGGAGAGCUCAGGUGUGUUGGCUGCGUGCCGCGAGGGCUGCGAUACUGCUCAAUGUUCCCUGCUGGCGCGCCCAGUCGCUGUAUGUACAGUGCACUUUGUCCUGGUGUCGUGUCGGUAUAUGUAUAAUGUAUAUCUCUGUACAAUAAAAGCGUCACCCAGGG